GCUCUCAGGCUGGGGAAGGAGGUUUGGGUCAGGGAGAAUUGGAACUGGGAUUUCAUGAUACUUGGGACCCAGGUCCGGACACGGACCAUCUGUGUGUCUGGGCUGAGGGCUGUGGUUGGAAACCUUCCCCAGGGACUGGGAACCUGGGCCCAGAGCCAGAUGGCACCACGGGUAAGUCUGGGAGGCCCGUCCCUGAGGCCCAGAGUCAAAUGCCACAUCUCUGAGGGUCAGAGGACCCAGAGGUUGGAUUGCAGAAGGCUCUGUCUUGGACGUGGUAUCUCUAGCCAGGGUUCCACGGCCCAAAGUGGGCAUUGCCCUCCGGGGUCCCCACCGCAGUUUCCCACCCUGUAGGCCCCGCAGGGCGCCCCCCGCCGCUGAGGAUGAGUCACUGCAGCAGCCGCGCCCUGACCCUGCUGAGCAGCGUGUUUGGCGCCUGCGGCCUGCUGCUGGUGGGCAUCGCGGUGAGCACCGACUACUGGCUGUACAUGGAGGAGGGCACGGUACUGCCGCAGAACCAGACCACCGAGGUCAAGAUGGCGCUGCACGCCGGCCUCUGGCGCGUCUGCUUCUUUGCAGGUCGGGAGAAGGGGCGCUGCGUGGCUUCAGAAUACUUCCUAGAACCAGAGAUCAACUUGGUGACGGAAAAUACGGAGAAUAUUUUGAAGACUGUGCGCACGGCCACGCCCUUCCCCAUGGUCAGUCUGUUCCUGGUGUUCACCGCCUUUGUCAUCAGCAAUAUCGGCCACAUCCGCCCGCAGAGGACCAUCCUGGCCUUUGUCUCCGGCAUCUUCUUCAUCCUCUCCGGCCUCUCCUUGGUGGUGGGCUUGGUCCUUUACAUCUCCAGCAUCAACGACGAGGUCAUGAACAGGCCCAGCAGCUCGGAGCAGUAUUUCCAUUACCGCUACGGCUGGUCCUUUGCCUUCGCGGCCUCCUCCUUCCUGCUCAAAGAGGGGGCCGGUGUGAUGUCGGUGUACCUGUUCACGAAGCGCUACGCCGAGGAGGAGAUGUACCGCCCGCACCCGGCCUUCUACCGCCCGCGGCUCAGCGACUGCUCCGACUACUCGGGCCAGUUCCUGCAGCCCGAGGCCUGGCGCCGCGGCCGCAGCCCCUCCGACAUCUCCAGCGACGUCUCCAUCCAGAUGACGCAGAACUACCCCCCGGCCAUCAAGUACCCGGACCACCUGCACAUCUCCACCUCGCCCUGCUGAGGCCGGCGCUGAGCCCCACCCUGCCGCCCUGGCCUCCAUCCUCUUCCCCCUCCUGCCCCUCGUCCUCCCUCUCCCACUCUCUCCCACUGAAGGACACCGACCACUGCAAGCAUUUCAGUAGUCCCUCCCCUUUAGGGGCACCGCCCUGCCCCUCGCUGUAGGCCACGCCCUCACACCUCAUUUCAAGAGCUCCUCCCCUUCAGGGGAUGCUGCACCGCCCUAUCGCUCUUCCUCAGUUCAGUAGCCCCGCCCCUUCCCACAACCUCUCCUUCUCACUGGUCCCUUCCAGUUACUCCUCCCCUUUGUCGCCCCGCCCGUUUCCCUAUGCCCCUCCCCCUGGCAACUGGCUCCAGCCAGUGCACGCAUUCAGCGCGCCCAGCAACCCUCCGAGCCUCUGUCCGGCCCUUCGGGGCGCGGGGCUGGAGAGUGUGGUCGGCAGCCGUCUGGAAUGCCGAUCCCCUUCUCCGCUCUGUCCCAGCCCCUCUCGGGGCACAGCAGGCCAGGCCUGGGGUGCUGGCGUGCUGAUGCUGUAGGCCUGGGGAAGUGGCCUGCUCCGCCUCCUCGAUCCCCAGGGUCAUCCCGUUCUUCCUCCCGGGCUGCGCCCUUCGCCUCCUGCAGGGGACCUGCCCUCCGGAGGGUUCUGAGGGGCUCCCUCCUCGCAGCUCCCCCGGCUCCUUUCCUGGCCUCCUCCCAGGCGCUCCCUCCUCCCUCCACCCCGGGGUGCCGGCCCCCCCUCCGUCAGGGGAGGGAGGGGCAGUAGCGGGGGUCCACGCCCCCCACCUCUGUCUUCCACUUUAGGCCCUGCUCCUCCCCACGCCGCUCCACCUCUGUCUCGGAGGCCCUGG